UAAAUAAAAUUUUAAAAGGCUGUGGUUGUAGCUCAGUGAAAAGGCUCCAGGUUCUAUCUCCAGUGCUGAAAAAAAUCUCUAUUUGUAUAUUUGUGCAGCCAUUAUGAACCAUGUUAUAAAAUAUCUAAUGAAAUGGAAGAAAAUUCACAAUAUUGAGUUAAGUGAAAAAGGCAGAAUCUGUUUUUACAAGGCAUUCCUCCAAUUAUGCCAAAGAUGAAAUGGAUAUGUCUAAUAAAAACACCGGAGAACACAUGCCAAAAUAUCAACUAUAAUUGACUAGGUAAAAGUAGGAGAGUUUGAUGUUUCCCUAUUCCCUACUUAUGCAACAGAUCUGAAAAAUGUUUUUUAAAUAACUGUACAAUUCAAAAAUUGCCUUUGUCGAACGCAUGAAAGGACAUGAAAUUGUACUAGCCCCGAAACCCCAGCAAAGCCAAGGCCACAUGCUAACGUGAGUCACCGAAACCCGGGCUCAGGCUCGCACCUGCCUGGGCAGACGGCACCCCGGCUGCGCGCGUCGUCAGGCGCAGUGACCCGCGUGCCCAAUCGGCCCCUCGCCCCGCGUCUGGCCCGCAGCCAUGGGGAGCCGGGCAACUACUGCCCUUGCUUAGUUUUUGGACUCGAGGACCUUGAUUGUAAAGUCCACACGGUCAAGUCCUUUCUGCCUCCACUUCCGAGCGCCAGAAGCUGCAGGCAGGCUUCAGGUGCGCCGUGACUGUCUCGUGUGAGCACCGCGCGGGGCCUGGGAAAAGUCCGGGGCGCGACGCGGCGCGACUGCCGGCGCCCUCGCUGAAGUCGCCGCGGCCUCCGAUCCUCUAACAAACCUGUGCAGACGCGCCGGACCAGGGGCCACAGACGGGCCACGCGGUCGCAUGCCGGCGCGCGUCCUCUGCAGGGACAAAGGGUCGAGAAACUUGAGCUCCUGCCAGUCGCAGAGACCCAGCCAGAGUCGCCAUGGCGACGGAGCCAGGCCCCUCCCGGGCGCUUGCGAAUGAAGCCCGGCAGCGGUGGCAGCGCGGGUGACCUGGUCGCCCCGCCCCCAGGCCGCGGCCGCUGAGCCGGCGACUGACCCUCGGCAGCUCCUGUAGUCACGUGGCGCUGGGAACCCGGCGGGGGGAGGUUGGGACGGGCCUGGCUGUGUGAACUCGAACCUGCUGCUGUCUCCGCGGCGGGGCGGGGAGCGGGCCGCAGAGGCCGGCUUAGGACUUCAUGGACGGGCGCCGCGCCCCGGCACGGCCCGCAGGAGAGGUAAGGCUGGCCUCUCUUCGAUCAGAGGGCUGAGCUGUGCCAUGGGGGUAGGGGUGUCUUUAUUGCUGCAGUUUUCUCUGACAUCCGGGGGCUAUCGGAGUGUGGGUCGAAGCAGGCGCUGCAGUCGCAGAAGUAUCCCCAGGAACAUCCCCAAGAGGAGCUGGAGAAGGCCUCACCCCCAGCUCUGCAGUCUCCAGGCACAAGAAGAACCCAUGCUGGAACGGCGCUGCAGGGGCCCCAUGGCCAUGGGCCCAGCCCCGCCUCGACUUCUUUCUGGGCCGUCGCAGGAGUCAUCUCAGACCCUGGAGAAGGAGUCCAGCAGGCUGAGUCACCGAGGCACUCCAGUGGCCCAGCCAGGUGGCCAAGCCCCCAGCAAGGCCCAUCGGUGUGCCCACUGUCGAAGGCACUUCCCCAGCUGGGUGGCCCUGUGGCUUCACACCCGACAGUGCCAGGCCCGGCUGCCCCUACCCUGCUCUGAGUGUGGCCAUCGCUUCCGCCAUGCCCCCUUCUUAGCUUUGCACCGCCAGGUCCAUGCUGCUGCCACCUCAGACCUGGGCUUCACCUGUCACCUCUGUGGGCAGAGCUUCCGAGGCUGGGUGGCCCUGGUUCUGCAUCUUAGAGUGCACUCGGUUGCAAAGCGGCCCAUUGCUUGCCCCGAAUGCGAGAGACGCUUCUGGCAACAAAAGCAGCUCCGGGCUCAUCUUCGGAAGCGCCACCCUCCUGCCCCUGAGGUCCGGCCAUUCAUCUGCGGCAACUGUGGCCGGAGCUUUGCCCAGUGGGACCAGCUGGUUGCUCACAAGCGGGUGCAUGUGGCUGAGGCACUGGAGGAGGCAGCAGCCAAGGCCCUGGGCCCACGGCCUCGAGGCCGCCCAGCGGUGACAGCGCCCCACCCGGGAGGAGACGCAGUGGACCGGCCCUUCCAAUGUGCCUGCUGCGGCAAGCGCUUCCGCCACAAGCCCAACUUGAUUGCCCACCGCCGAGUGCACACAGGGGAGCGGCCGCACCAGUGCCCUGAGUGUGGGAAGCGCUUCACCAACAAGCCCUACCUGACCUCGCACCGGCGCAUCCACACCGGGGAGAAGCCCUACCCGUGCAGUGAGUGCGGUCGCCGCUUCCGGCACAAACCCAACCUGCUGUCGCACAGCAAGAUCCACAAGCGAUCAGAGGGCUGCCCACAGGCCGCCUCGGGCACCAGGAGCGCCCAGGUUCCAGCUGCGGCCGCUGAGCCCUCAACAGAGCUGCAUCCUGAGAAGCCGACCCCAGAGGCCGCUGAGCCCACACCCGAGGUCCCCCUGGAGCCCCCGCGGGAUCAGGCGGAGGCACCCCAGUCCCUGUACAGCUGCGACGACUGCAGCCGCAGCUUCCGCCUUGAGCGCUUCCUGCGUGCGCACCAGCGGCAGCACAGCGGGGAGCGGCCCUUCGCCUGCCCAGAGUGCGGGAAGAACUUCGGCAAGAAGACACACCUGGUUGCGCACUCACGGGUGCACUCAGGCGAGCGGCCCUUUGCCUGCGAGGAGUGCGGCCGCCGCUUCUCCCAGGGCAGCCACCUGGCGGCUCACCGUCGCGACCACGCCCCUGAGCGGCCCUUCGUCUGCCCCGAUUGCGGCAAGGCCUUCCGCCACAAGCCCUACCUGGCUGCGCACCGGCGCAUUCACACCGGUGAGAAGCCCUACGUCUGUCCCGACUGUGGCAAAGCAUUCAGCCAGAAGUCCAACCUGGUGUCCCACCGGCGCAUCCACACUGGUGAGCGACCCUACGCCUGCCCGGACUGUGACCGCAGCUUCAGCCAGAAGUCCAACCUCAUCACCCACCGCAAGAGCCACAUCCGGGACGGUGCCUUCUGCUGCGCCAUCUGCGGCCAGACCUUUGACGAGGAGGAGCGGCUCCUGACCCACCAGAAGAAGCACGACGUCUGAGAGGGCGGCUGGGUGACCUUCACGACAGGAGCUCGGCCCUGGCCCGGGGCACCUGCCUUGGCUCAGUGGAGGGGACAGUGGGAACCCCAGAAGGGAUAAAAGAGUAGUGAGCUAGGCCCUGCCAGCCUGUGAGUCAAGCCUGUGGCUAGGGAACCCCCGGCAGAGCCAAAGGACCUGGCCUCCAGCUGGCGUUCCUAAGGUUCCAUCCUAACUGUCCUGUGCUCUGAAAACCUAGCAAUAGCCGCUCCAUCUACCCUUAGAGCCCUGGCUAGAGGAGCCACCAGUGGGAAGGAAGCUGUUCCAUCCUCUGGUGUUAACGCCUUAAUGUCCCUGUCUUUACUAUGAGUUACUUCAGGUCACUUUUGGAAGUAGGUGUGAAACAGUCCUUAGUAAAUGAGGGAGGGAAAGCAGACCAACUGGAUACACCUUGGAGAACCUGCCGGGCUCCAUAGGCAGCACAGGGCUUUUUUUCAGCACUCAGGUGAGGGCGAGCUGCUCUUACCUGUCCCCUGCCCUGCUACCCCUACGUAGAAUCCCAGAUCUGGAGGGGCCCACCUGCUGUUAGCAAGUCCACUCUCCCUCCCCAAAAAUGAGAGUCCCAAGGCAUUUCCCUUUCCUGGCUGUUUUUCCUGACCUCCUGACGACCCUCUAUCCCGAGCUCACUGUGUUGUUACAGGAAGGACUGGGCUCUUGAUGCAGCCUAAGGGAAGGUCGUCCUGCAUUUCCUUUUCAGCUAUUCCAGCAUGUGGAUACCAGCCUCUGCCUGAGCACUGAGGUCACUGAGAGCUUCCACUUCCCGAGGCCCUGGUUCUAUUGUAGGAUGAUUCUAAUUGUUAGAAAUUCCUCCUUAUGAUGAUUGAAAUCUGCUUUCCUAUCAUUUCUACCUAUUGGGCCUUGUUCUGUCUUCUGGAUCUAAACAGAACAACUGUUUACCUUCCUUUUCAAAUUAGAGAAUAAAGAUUUGGUUUUAGAACCAG